ACUUGCUUUGACGUAAUCAAAAUGACAGUCAAGGGAAGAAGCGUCUUUUAUGUUGUACCGAGGAAAUCAAAUGUUGACGCAGUUACUGUGCGCUACAGAUGAUGGAUUUGGUAAAGCCGUAGCAGAACCAGUCGAGAUGUUUGGUUGACCUUAUAGUGGUGGAUUUGAACCAGAAAAAAAUGGUUAAUUAGUAAGAGCUCCAUAAUCAAUCUGUUACUGAAAACAUGGCCAGACAACCGUGUGAUCUCACUCUUGCCUGGGAUAAAUAUAUGGAUUGUCGUGCACAGGGAGCAGAUCUUCAGGAAAGUCUACAGUACUUGGAGAGUUUCCUGAGUUUGUUUUACUGGGUACAGCACCUCAGUGACCAUGGGGCUACAGAUUCACUGAAGUUCUGCUCGGACAUGAGUGGUGCUAGUAACACGCUGGCUAGGGAGUUCUUGACAGAUGUUCACCAGCUGUGUAGCGCAGUGGCUCAGCAAGCAGAAGCCCAGAGGGAGGAGGAAGCAGAGGAGAGUCACAUGGUGGCUCUGGGAGAGUAUUUGGUCCGAGGCCGUGGUUUCCUUCUGCUAAGCACUCUGGACACAAUUAUUGACCAGGAACUAACCUGCCGAGAAGAGUUGCUCACACUUUUAUUGUCAUUGCUGCCACUAGUGUGGAAGAUUCCUGCUCCGGAAGAAAAAGCCCAAGAUUUCAUUCUGCCUUCACUUCUGAAAGGGGAUCUAAGUCGAGAGGAACAUGCUGUAGCCCUGGAAGUGGGGAAGGAUCAAACUGGUUCUGAUGUACAAACCUCUGGAAGACACUUGUUUCGCAGCUGGAAGUUACGGCGUGCACGUAAAACUGCCCAGAGAUAUUCAGUAAGGGAUGCGUGCAAAUCCCAGCUGUCAACUUCUGAUUCAGAAGCCAAUUCGGAUGAAAAAGCAAGCAAAGGGUCCAAAUACUGCAAGUCUAAUGCUUCAUGCAUCCGUGUCAGUCAACAGCAUAACCAAUCAGUUAUUUCACCGCAGCAGCCAUUGCAGUAUCCCUGUGUGGAUGGUAUGAGCAGCCUAGAAAGAUCCAAAACCUCAGCCAGGUUCUUUGGAUCCCCACCACCCAACACUGAAACACUAACUGACCCAACAGCCCUUUCCAUUUUGAACCGUAUGGAGAAUUCACCCUUUGAUCUCUGUCAUGUUUUACUGUCCCUUUUGGAGAAAGUCUGUAAAUUUGACAUGACUAUUAAUCACAACUCAGGUUUGGCUGUUAGUGUUGUUCCAACACUCACUGAAAUCCUAACAGAGUUUGGUGACUGUUGUGGACCAGGGGGUGGUAGUGGUCGGGAAGGGGUUGAUGAAUUGGCUGGAGGCUGGACAGAGGAGCCGAUUGCCCUAGUUCAGAGAAUGUUGUUGCGCACGAUUCUGCACUUGAUGUUUGUAGAGGUCGGUCAGAGUGAGGCACUACCUGAUAAUCUUCGGCAAAGCCUUGCUGAUCUGCUCAGAGCCACUUUAGAAAUUCGAAGCUGCUUUGAAAGGCGAGCAGAUCCUUUUGCUCCCCGGCACAAACAGACUUCACAAGAAGUGCAGGAGGCUUUUUUUUUUUCUAGGUAUCGUCACCGGGCUUUACUGCUGCCAGAACUUCUUGAGGGUGUUCUUCAGCUUUUAUUGGGCUGUUUGCAGACCACUGCACCUAAUCCUUUCUUCUUUAGCCAAUCUCUUGAACUAGUUCAUGAAUUUGUGCACCACCAUGGCCUUGAGCUAUUUGAGGAAACCUCACUUCGUCUUGAAACCCUUGCAGGUUCUUGUAACUCUCCAAUUAGUGGUGAGGCCUCAGAACAUUUGCGCAGCAUAAUUGCUGGUGUGCUUAAGAUAAUCAGUGCAAUAAAAAAGGCCAAAUCUGAGCAAUUGCACCAGUCUGUGUGUACAAGACGUCGACACAGACGCUGUGAAUACUCUCACUUGCUGCACCACCAUUGUGACCUUUCAGGACUACCUGUGUCUGCCUUUAAGCAGGCAACUCAACAUAACCCAUUUGAGGAUGAAGCUGAGGGUAAUCGUGGACAAGUGUGCUACCCAGAUCGUUGCUGUGUUUUGGCCGCCUGUGCUCACCAGUUUCUGCGCCUGCUUCAGCGCCUAUCACACUCAGGGUCUGCAGUGCUGCAGGUGCUGACUGGUGUACAAGCUGUUGGUAUUUGUUGCUGUAUGGAUCCACAGUCAGUGGUUCUUCCUUUGCUUUUUGCAUUUCAAGCCCCAGGUCUGUGCAACUAUCAGACCUAUAUACUUAAUGUGCUUAGUCAGCUCGUGCUGGAACAGCUGGGAGGGAGACAACACUCAGAGAAGGGCAGAGUUACUUCUUGUAAUAUCUGCACCUUGGACAGCAGUCAGAUACCUGGUAUUGAAGCAACUUUGCAGGAAAGUGGACAAGAUAAAGAGAACACCUCCUCUGGCAUGUUUUUUCCCCCUUUCCAUUCGCAAGGUGUUCUGACAAGUACAGGGUCUAAAGACAUGCUUUGGAAGUGGAAUGUUUUGAAAGCUUACCAGGAAAUAGUGUUUGGUGAGGACUUGCAUUUGAGUAAGCAGGUAUCCGGUCAUGUUUGCCAGCUCACACUGAGAGGAAAUGAAGUGUUACAGUGGCAGCUGUAUACCCACAUUUUUAAUCCUUUGCUUCAGAGGGGUGUGGAACUAGCUCAUCAUGCCCAACAAUUAGGUGUUUCAAAUACAUGCUCGCAGGUCUGCAGUUACCACACUCAUUGCCUCUCUGUGGAGGUACUGCUUGUUUAUCUUCAGACAUUACCCCCCUUACUCAAGUCAAGCCCAAUUGUGCGGAACUUGUUUUUAAGCUGUAAUGGAUUAAACCAGGUCACUGAGUUAAUAUAUCUGGACUGCACUCGGCCUUGGGCACUUAAGGUGUUUGAGACAUUGAUCUUAAAUGGUUGGGACCAGCAGACAGACCAUCCCCAGCAAGAGCUAAAGAAGCCAGAUGACAAGGAAAGUCCUACUGUCUUUAGGAGUGCAGAGGAGGCAUGUCCAAAUCGCAAAGACAAAAGCAGCAUAGGUGCCGGGAAAGGACGGAGCCAUGGAGAAGCGCACUUAAACACGAUUCAUCUUUUCUUGUGUGUCGCCUUUCUAUGUGUAAGCAAGGAGGCUGAUUCAGAUGGGGACACUGCUAAUGACUCUGAGGACACCUCCGGAUACGAUAGUACAGCCAGUGAAUCUUUCAGUGUCCGGUUACCCUUUCUCUCACCAGACAGUGUGACAUUGCCCCCAGUGGAGCAGUUAAGACGAGCAGCUGAUGUGUGGUCUGUGUGCUGUAGGGUCUAUCUGGCCAACCUAGCGUUCCAGAGACAGUUCCUAAGUUUGGGUGGCCUGGAUGCCUGCAGUCGCCUCAUGGCUCUGGUCAUUCAGAAGCUUGCCUCAAAAACCAAAGACAAUAAAAAUAAGAACAAAAGGGAGGGUAAGGGCAAAACAAACCCAUCACAUUCAGACUCUACAGUCCUGACACCAGUACAGACUGGACUAGAUUUUGACUUGAUAAGUCCUAAUCAGGUAAAGAGCAAGACCAAGGACCCAAAAAACAAGCUGGAAGAGGAGUGGCCCUUGCAGAGUAUUCGUCUUUUUGAAGCACUUCUGUCAAUCUGUCUUCACAGUUCUAACUCUGUUCUACAGAAACAUAAACCAGACUUUACAUUUCAGCUUUUGUCUGUAGAGGAUACCCUAUGUGAGGUUAAGGAUAAACUGUCUAGCUCUGGUGUAAUGAACUCUGACCUGGCUGUUCCCCUUUUUGACUGUCUGUUGCACGUGGCUCUGGCUGACGUGUUUGGCACCACAUUUCCUACAGAAGAAAAAUCUGAACGGAAGUGUCAAGUUAACUGUGAAGUGGCCGCUCCAGCAGGGAAUUUGUCUGAAGAAGCAGAUGAAGUCGUGUUUGGUGUUCGAGGCUUAGAAGAGGAGGAAGGCUAUGAGGCUGACAGUGAGAGUAACCCUGAGGAUUCUGCCCAGGGGGGGCAAGAUGUGAAGGUGGCAGUGCUACCAGGCGCGUGUGUGUUGGGAUCUGCUGCUGUUUCUCAUGGCCCUAGCCAGGGUCUGCUGCUUUUCCCACAGAUCUGCUAUAUGGAGCUGCAGUUGCUGGCCAGCAGCUCACCUGAUCUGGAUGUCCUGAACCAUGUACUGAAAAGCCUGCUGGGAGCUAUGCAAAUGCACCAUUUCAAUGCUGCAAUGAUCUACCAACAGGGUGGCAUGAAAACCAUUCUGACUGGCUUUCAGAACAUCCUCAGUCAAUCAGAUCCCUGUUAUGAAGAGUGCCAGACAGUACUAGUGGAACUGCUAGUUGCAAUGGCUAAUGACAAGAUCACAGCAGAAGAGGUGGCUUUAUUAAUUCGCCUUUUCCUGGAGAAGACACCUCCGACUGAAAUUCUGCUAAAUGGAGUUCUGCGGAUGGUGGAGGCCAACACAGACAACGAGCCACUUCAUUACCUGUCUUUUCCCAUGCAUCUGUACUCUAGUGCCCCUGGCACCAGUACAAAUGGGGCAGUUUCUACCAAGACAGGGGUGAGCAUGCUCUGGAAAGGCAGGCUCAAAGUGGAAGGUGAGCGUGGACCUGGGCAUUUACGCACUUCCCCCUGGCAUACUGCUCCUCUCCACCUGCCUCUAGUGGGACAGAACUGCUGGCCGCACAUGGCCAGCGGCUUCAGUGCCUCGCUUUGGCUCAGGGUUGCAAAGAAUGAGGAUAAAGAUAGACCAUCACACCAAGCUGAUGAUAUAAAGCUAGUUGAUGGGGUCCAGAUGGUGGAACAGAUCUGCGAAAAGGGCCUUCUGCACAUUUUUUCCAUGGGCUCCAAAGCCCUAAUGCUACAAGUGUGGGCUGACAUUUCGACAGGAGCAUGCACCUUCAGGAUCUGCAUUGAUCCCAAUGAUGAGAAGAAGGCAGGUCUGCUGGCCCAGACAGAAUCUGGACAGGGAGUGUUAACUGCAGGCCGUUGGCAGCAUUUGGCUCUCACUUAUACUCAGCAGCUUGAGGGCAAGAAGAACAUACACAGUUGUUUAACGCUUUGGGUGUGUGGCAUCAAAAAAUGUGUAGUCUCACUAGACUACACCCUUCCCAGGAAGUCCAGUCUCUCAUCAGAUAGUAAUAAGACCUUCUGUAUGCUGGGCCACUGCUUAAAUGACACUGAGGAGUUGCCUCGAAGAUUUACCACACGCUUGGAUAUAGGCACUCUGCUUCUUUUUAAUGGCUGCAGAAUAAACACAGAAGAGGCCUUUUAUCUGUACGCAAAUGGCCCUGAUCUCACAUCCAUCAUGCCAUGCAAGUAUGGAAAGCCCAGUGUGACAUUUUCAAAGUAUGUUACUCAGGAAGGGCUUCAGUGUGAACAGAUUCGGGAGCUGCUGAUGCGGAAUUCUGAAGUAGACACAUCACUUCUUAUUGAAAACCUGGCUGUUGUCUAUUCUCCCAGCAGCCCUUCUGUUUACACCAUCUAUGAGCCAGUGAUUCGGCUAAAAGGACAGGCUAAAGUCCCUGUAGCAUCCCAGAGGCCCUUCAGUGCUAAAGAAGUACAUAGUUCUGUGCUGGAGGCUUCCUCAUUCAAAAGUCUGCAGGCUUCACAGCCUUCUGGCCUCCAUAACUGCCUACAUAAGAUCGGUGGCAUUGGUGCAUUUGUCUUCCUCUUUGCUCGGGUAGUGGAGUUACGUGAUUGUGAGAAAAUCCAGGCACUGGCACUGCAGGUCUUACUGUCUCUGGCUAAGCAUAAUCAUCAUCGUAUACAUGAGAUGGAGUGUUGUCAUGGGUACUCCAUGAUCCACCAGGUUCUUAUGAAGACCAAGUGCAUUGUUGGAUAUCAUAUCCUUAAGACUCUACUGGAUGGGUGCUGCAGUGGCUCCAUCCUGAUGGUAACGAAAGAUGGUCAGUGGCAUCUAGACACAGAGACCACUGUUGUAGUGCAGGACCUAAGGUUGCUCUCUGAAAUACUGCUGGACUGGAAGAUAUGGACUAAAGCUCAAAGUGGGGUAUGGGAGACUUUACUGGCUGCAUUAGAGAUUUUAAUCAGAGUGCACCAUCCUCAGCAGGCAUUUAAUAUUCGACAGCUGCUCAAAGCCCAGGUGGUGCAGAGCUUUCUGCUUACCUGCCAGGUGCUACAGGAAAAUCAAGAUGAGCAUCUCAUUUCCAUCCCACAGGGAGUGUGCCUCUCCUUCAUUAAAAUUAUUCAAGAAGUGCUAGGUUCCCCUCCAGACCUGAAGCUCCUGCGUUUGCUUUACCACUUUCUGCUAGCUGUACAUCCACCUACGAACACAUAUGUGUGCCACACUCCCUCCAGCUUUUACUUUUACCUGCACAUUGAUGGUAAGCUGUUCCAGGAUAAAGUUCAGUCCAUGAUGUACUUGCGUCAGUCCAGCAGUGGAGGAAAGUCUACCUGCAGCUCUGUGGUCUCGCUCUCCCCAACUUUUACUGAAAAAAGUACUGAAAUACGAGCUGAGGGACAUCCACCUCCUACUCCAGACAUAGGAGCUGACACCAUCUCUCUCCUACUCCCAAAAAGCUCUUCUCCUUCUCCUUACUCUUUGCCAGCUCUCACAGCCUGCCAGGAUCAGCAUGCUUCGUGUAAAAUAGUCUCUAGACCACCGGAGCUAGAUAAGGCUGUUUCACUGACUACCCAGCACAACCCUGGCAGUACAGAGACACUGAGGUAUGGAGAUGAGCAGCUCCUCAGCAGCUGUGAAUCUGUCAAGACUAUCUGUGAGUCUCAGGAUGCAAUUGAAGAGGUUCCUUGCACAGCUUCUGACAGUUUUGAAAAGGAGCGUGAAGUUGGAGUAGAACAAGAACCCAGUGCCAGCACUGAAUUAGCUGGAGAGGAGGCCCUGCGAAGGCCAGACAGCCUGAAAGGCAUCCAGUCGUUUCAAAGAAGCCACAGUGAACUAGCCAGUCUGGGUCUUGCCUUUCCAGCACAGAACAGCUCUAUGGCCAUAGCUCGUUGGCCCAGUGUAACUGAUCGCCCAGCUCCAUGUGAUGACUGGGAGAGCUACACCUAUUCACCUGGCUACGACCAAGCACGCAACAGGAGUAACUCCACCAUUGAAAGGUCGGGUUCAGAGGACUGCUUGAUUCUGAUUUGCUGUGGACUUUAUGAGCUACUCAGAGGUGUUCUGCUGCUAUUGCCAGAUGUCAUGCUGGAGGAGGUGAUGGACAAACUGAUUCAGCCAGAGGCCCUCAUUGUCCUGGUCAACCACUCAUCUCCUCUCAUUCAACAAGGUGUCAUAAAGCUGCUGGAUGCCUACUUUAGCCGAGCCCACAAGGAACAGAAGGAGAAGUUCCUAAGAAAUCAUGGAUUUUCAUUGUUGGCAAACCAGCUAUAUCUGCACCAGGGCACUCAGGGGGUGCUGGAGUGCUUUUUGGGAAUGCUGUUUGGUCGGCCUGUGAGUUUAGAGGAGGAUCUUGACUUGGAAGACAUGGAGAGCAUCUCUCCCUUCAGGAAGCGCUCUGUGGUACCCAUCCUGGGGCUUCUGGAGAACUCUUUGUACGAGAACUCCCUGGUUCACAAUGCCAUGUGUGUACUACUACAGCUAUUAAAUGCUUGCCCAAAGCUGGCUGAUAUCCUGCUGGACCAUGGCCUACUCUAUGUACUCAUCAACACACUUUCUACCCUUAAUGGCCUGGAGAAUGGGAUAGCUCCAAACGAGUACAGACUUCUACUAUGUGACAUUCAGCAGCUGCUUGUGGCUGUGACCAUCCAUGCCUGCAGCUCUUCUGGCUCCCAGUAUUUCCGCAUAAUUGAGGAUCUUAUCACCUUAUUGGGUUUCAUGCAGGGCAGCAAAGUACAUCGCACUCAAGAAAUGGCUAUGGGCUUGCAGUUUCGAGUUCUCCUAUCAGCCAUUGAUUUUAUUAAGACGACAACCAACCAGGACCAUCAGAAGCUAAGUACCUCCACACAAGUGUCCUCCUCGUUACAUCAGGCUCUCCAUCAAAAGCGAAAAAGCAUUGCAGGUUCAAUGGCCCUCAAAGACUCCAUAAUUCCCUGUAUACCCUGGCAGCACUACUGUUCCUAUGGCCAGAUCCCCUUACCCCCAGCAUUCAGCUUUCUGUCCCAGGACAGCUCCCUAUCUCCCUCCCCUGGAUUCUCCGCCUGUACUAUCCCCUUCAACAAAGGUCAGCGGAAAUUCUCUUUGGCACAGUCAGAUUCAUUGCUGAUGCGGAUGCGUUCUGUGGCUACUGAUGAGCUUACUCAAAUGAUGCAGCGACGGAUGAGUCUGGAGAACCCCAUUAGAGCCAGUGAAACUGAGUUCAUUCAGAGACUGCAGAGACUUGUAGUGCUGGCUGUUAACAGGAUAAUAUACUAUGAUAAAAGUAAAGAUUUCCUGGACCUUUUAAACUUUCCGGAGUCUCCUGAUCACACAGUGAGCACACCCUCAAAUGCUGAGCUGAUGUCAGAUGAGAACAGCUUUACUAAUCCUGCUUCUUUCUCACUGGCCAACAUGAGGUGCUUUCAGAAGGAUCUUCUCAAGCUCAUGAUGGAGGGCAUAAAGAUUGGCCUGGCCAAUUCAGGUCGAAGUGGAGCACCACGACAGCAGUGGCAUCGUAUCUUAUGGUCUUGCAGAGACACCUUUCGGGUCCAGAUUGGCCGACUGCUGGUGCAUACGCUCAGUCCUGCACUUUCUCUAGCAGACAGAAAGGAGGCUCUAGAAUUUGUUCAUGAGCAGAAUCAUCCCGACAUUCUGAGAGAGAGUCUAAGCCCUGGGCUUGAGCAUGGUCCGAAGCUAGCUCUGUACCUGUAUGAGAUGCUACAUGACCACAAAGAGAGCCUGACAAAAGAAGAGCAGGUUGCUGCUAACACCUUUAUGACAUCGCUAAAGUUGUGUGGCCACCGCUGCAUACCUCCCACCGUUCCACCCAAACCAGACCUCCUGAAAGCCAUCAAAGAGGAGCAACUUAAAUAUGAGUCAGAUGUGAGAACAAGUAAAGGUGCAUGGGAGAAGAAGCUGGUCAAUGCCCAGAAGAUUCUAAUACAGAGGCUGGAUGGUAAGUCAAAGGACAUCUCCAAAAUUGCAGCAGACAUCACUCAGAACAUGUCUCUUAAACAAGGCAUGGAGAGGAAAAAGGUUAUUCAGCAUAUCCGAGGCCUUUACAAGACUGACCUGAGUGCCAGUCGACAUUGGCAAGAGUUAGUGCAGCAGCUCACCCAUGAUAGAGCAGUAUGGUAUGACCAGUCGUCAUACCCAACAUCAUGGCAGUUGGAUUCUACUGAGGGACCCAACAGGGAGCGCAGGCGCCUGCAACGAUGCUACCUUACUAUCCCUAAUAAGUACCUACUUAAGGACCGGCGUAGACCAGAAGAGACUAUCAAAGGUCCACUGGCUUUCCUGUUUGAGGACAAGACCCACUCAUCCUUUUCUUCCACCGUGAAGGAUAAAGCCACUAGUGAGCCAAUCAGGUUCACACGGAGGUGUAUAAGUGUAGCUCCCUCUAGAGAAACUGCAGGAGAGUUGUUGCUGGGGAAAUCAGGGAUGUACUUUGUGGAGGACAAUGUAUCUGAGGCUAGUGAUAGCCAGCGAAGUCCUCAUGGAGAGACAGAUCCUGCCUCAUUCUGUUGGACCUAUGAGGAGAUUAAGGAAGUGCACAAGCGCUGGUGGCAGCUCCGAGACAAUGCUGUGGAGAUCUUCCUCACCAAUGGCCGAACUUUACUUCUGGCCUUCGACAACACAAAGGUUCGUGAUGAUGUCUAUCACAACAUCCUUACAUCCGAACUGCCCAACCUGUUAGAGUACGACAAUAUAAAUGCACUCACUCAUCUAUGGAGUUCCAGUCAGAUUACUAACUUUGAGUACCUCACACAUCUCAACAAGCAUGCAGGACGCUCUUUCAAUGACUUGAUGCAAUACCCAGUAUUUCCUUUCAUCCUGAGAGACUAUGUAAGUGAGACACUGGAUCUUCAGGACUCAUCUAUAUACAGAAAUCUAAGCAAACCCAUUGCAGUACAGUCAAAAGAGAAGGAAGACAGAUAUGUGGACAACUACAGGUAUUUGGAAGAGGAGUAUAAAAAGGGUGCCUGUGAGGAUGAUCCUAUGCCCCCUGUACAACCUUACCACUAUGGGUCCCACUACUCGAACAGUGGUACUGUCUUGCACUUCCUAGUCAGGAUGCCUCCCUUCACCAAAAUGUUUCUCGCCUAUCAAGACCAAAGCUUUGAUAUUCCUGACCGAACUUUCCACUCCAUGAACACGACAUGGAGACUCUCGUCUUAUGAGUCCAUGACUGACGUUAAGGAGCUCAUUCCAGAGUUUUUUUACCUGCCUGAGUUCUUGGUAAACAGAGAAGGUUUUGACUUUGGGGUUCGGCAAAAUGGUGAGAGGGUGAACCAUGUUAAUCUGCCUCCAUGGGCAAGGAAUGACCCACGGCUCUUCAUAUUAAUUCACAGACAGGCUCUUGAGUCUGAUCAGGUGUCUCAAACACUCUGUCAGUGGAUAGAUCUGGUCUUUGGUCUCAAGCAAAAGGGCAAGCCUGCUAUCCAGGCCAUCAAUGUCUUUCAUCCAGCGACAUACUUUGGUAUGGACGUCUCAGCAGUGGAAGAUCCUGUACAGCGACGAGCCUUGGAGACUAUGAUCAAGACGUAUGGCCAGACGCCCAGGCAGCUGUUUCACACUUUACAUAUAAGUCGUGCUGGGCCCAAACUUAUGAUGGAGGGAGAGUUGCCUGCUGCCAUGGGUCUACUGGUGCAGCUGGCCUUCAGGGAAAGCCGUGAUCAGAACAAAGACGUUGUCCACCCGAGUCCUCUGCCAUGGAUUAAGGGCUUAAAAUGGGGUGAGUAUGUUGGCUCACCGAGUGCCCCGGAUCCAGUGGUGUGUUUCAGCCAACCUCAUGGAGAACGCUUUGGCUCACUGCUUGCUCUGCCUACCCGUGCCAUUUGUGGCCUCUCCUCCAAAUUCUGCCUCAUGAUGAUCUACAGCAAGGAGCAAGGUGUGAGGAGCAUGCACAGCACUGACAUUCAGUGGUCGGCCAUUCUUAGUUGGGGCUACAAUGAUAACACUUUGCGGUUAAAGAGCAAGCAGAGUGAGCCACCAAUCAACUUUAUCCAGUGUUCUCCACUUCACCAGGUGUGUCCUAGCUGUGAAUUUCCUUCUGUUUCUUCUGUUGCUAUAUUUGAUUUCCCUAAACGUACUCUGAAUACUUUCUUUCAGGUGACUAGUUGUGCCUGGGUGCCUGAUGGUUGUCAGCUGUUUAUGGGCAGUAAAUGUGGAGUGAUCACCGCCUACAGCAAUCGCUUUGUGUCCUCUGAGAUGGAGGUAGAGUCUCAAGUUUACUUGUAUGGGCACACAGAAGAGGUCACAGGCCUGUUUGUCUGCAAACCUUACAGCAUUCUAAUAAGCGUCAGCCGAGAUGGAACCUGCAUUCUCUGGGAUCUCAAUCGGUUGUGCUAUGUCCAAAGUCUUACUGGCCACAAAAGCCCUGUAAAUGCAGUGUCAGCAAGUGAGACCACUGGGGACAUUGCUACUGUGUGUGACUCAGUGGGAGGAGGAAGUGAUUUGCGAUUGUGGACUGUGAAUGGUGAUCUGAUUGGUCACGUCCACUGCAGAGAGAUUAUAUGCUCAGUGGCUUUCUCCAAUCAGCCGGAGGGGGUGUCAGUCAAUGUGAUCGCAGGUGGCUUAGAGAACGGUGUUGUGAGGCUCUGGAGUACAUGGGAUCUAAAGCCAGUGAGAGAAAUAACCUUCCCCAAGUCCAACAAGCCUAUUAUAAGUCUCACAUUCUCGUGUGAUGGGCACCAUCUGUACACUGCAAACAGUGAAGGAAUGGUCAUUGCGUGGUGUCGCCGUGAUCAGCAGCGUACCAAGUUGCCCAUGUUCUACUCAUUCCUGAGCAGCUAUGCAGCAGGCUGAGACCAUAAACUACAAUCUUCCAUCAGCCUAAAACCUCUAAAAACUGCUGCCUCAGGAGGAGGAGCCUGCAUGCAUCCAACUGUCUCUGGACAUCAAAACUCUAUUUCUCAAGGCAUGAGUUCACACCACCAUCAAAAGUGCACACUGUGUGCUAAUAGCUAAUGCGCUAUAAAAUACUCCUAAGUGUCUAUGUAGAUACACAAACUGAAGGAAAAAAUAGAUCAGUUUAACAUUGCAAGUAAACGAUAGAGGACUUUGACCACUGUUUUUUCCUCAUGAUUUAGUAUUAUUUUGUCAUGUUUUUGUCAUUUUCUGCUGUUUGAUUUGUGGUGUUUAGUUUUGCUCUGUAUAAUGCAGUUUUUAGUGUGUAACUGCUUUAAACAUUCUGUUUUUCUAUGUUCUCAGUAACUUCAGCAUUUGAAGUAACUUCAGAAGUAAAAAGUCCUUUGAAUGUAGACUUCAGUAUUUUCAGCCAGAGAAAUAAAAUUGACUCUAAAACCAGAAGGCAUUUAACUCUGAGGGUAAUUCUUACUAUGUAUAUCUUCCUCCUUUGAACUGAGAGUUAUGUAUCAACAGUGGACCACUUAAUGUAUAUGUUAAAAGUAAGUGCUUCCUUGGAGGAAACUAAUAAUGCAUUAAUCAUGUCUAGGGCAAUGCAUUUGUGCUGUAUUGGGUCUCAUUUAAUUUAGGAUCACAUCAAAAUGUAUGCAUGUCAUCUGUUACCCCAAUUCAUUCUAAAAUGUCCAUAGGUGUAAGUAGGUGUAUGUGAUGCCUAGCAAGGAAAUGACACCUACUGUAACCACGACAAGGAUUAAACUCUGACAAGUCACUAAAGAUGAAUGAAUAAAAAUGUCUGUGCAUGUGACAAAAAUCAAGUGAAAUCUUUAGGUACAAAAAGAAUAGAUUUAUUUAAUCUACUCAGAUGGUAGUAGAAUGAAAGGGGAUCCAUCUUUUAACUCUGAACCAUUUAAAAAGAGUUUUUUUGUAAUUUUAGUCAUUAUUAUGGUAAACCCACAGACCAAAAUGUAUACUUUGUAAAAAGCUCUCAUUUUGAAGGUUGUAUGGCAGCAAGACACUUGUUUUGGAUAUUUGAAAGCAUGUUUUGCAGACUUGGACAAAUUGUAUUUUUAUCAAAGGGAAAGUUACCUAUCUAUUUCAUAUCCAUGACUGUCUUUUUAUUUCCUCAUUAUGUCACCCAUGAAAUGCCUAUUUAAUUCCAGCACACUUAUCUUAUUGUAUUUAGUGUUGUUAAUUAUUAAUGUCAGCACCCUUAGGUUAUUAUUUUUCUUUCUUGUUUUCACUUGUCAUGUGUGUAUUUCCUUGUACAGUGUUGGUACUCUAAAUUAACUUGAUAUUACUGCGAGUGGGUUGUAAAGCAGCAAGCAAUGAGGUAGACAAUGCAAAAUAUGGGUGCAAAUUAUUUCGAGAGUCAUUUCAGUCUUGUGUUUUCUAUGUGCAUGAAUUUCCCCUUUUUCUUUAAACCUUUUUCCUAGAGAGCCUUGGAUUUAAUUAUUUUUAAACGGCAUUUGUGAAUGGACAAGAGUGAUCAGCACAGUAUGAAUAUAUGCCUAAAUAAAAAAAACAUAUUUAAGAA